AUGAGCACAAGGAAGAGCUGCCCCCUGCCACUGGGGCAGGGGGACCGGGAGGAAAAGCAGAGUGAGGGUACUCCUGACAUGGAGCGAAAGGAGUGUGAUGUGGAGCUGAGAAACAAAGCUAUUCUGCAACAGAAAAGGCGCCUUAAACAGGCCACCCAGUUUGUGCACAAGGACUCUGCUGACCUGCUGCCCCUGGAUGGCUUGACAAGGCUUGGCACCUCCAAGGAUCUGCAGCCACAUAGUGUGGUCCAGCGACGCCUCUUGGAAGGCAAUCUGAACAAGCUGCGGGGCGAGACCAGGGUUCAGUCUGCAUGGGUUCAAUCUCCACUGGCAAAAGACCAGGAUGAAAAGAUGGAAAAGGGGGAGGACAGGAGAAAAGAGACUUCAUCCCUGCUAAUACAGUGCCAGUGCCAAGGUCAGGUAUUGAAAGCGACUGUUAACACUGGAUGUCUACCCAAUCUCAUCUCCAAGAGCUGUUUAAACCAGCUGGGGCUGGAAGAAGUAUCUGCCAUGGAUUGUGGAGAUCUCUCUCUUCCCAUCCCCAGCGUUGUUGGCCGAGUAGAACAUAUGGAGUUACAAUUUGGCCAGGAGACGGUGCUGUGUUCAGCACUGGUUGUAGAUGACGAAAUGCUGGAGUUUUGCAUUGGUCUCCAGACUCUGUUGUCUCUCAAGUGUUGCAUCGACUUGGAGGAAGGAGUCCUGAGAUUUAAAGCACUGAGUCAAGAGCUGCCUUUUCUACAUGUCUCUGAAGAGCCUGGUCAGUGA